UCACUUCUCUUACUUCAUCACCGGAACGUCGUGUCCCCGUCCGACCUUUCGCUGCUCUUAUCACAUUUAGAUUUGGACUUGGUGCCGCUGCGGGUUUUCAAUCGGAACUAGUCGAUUUUUCGGACGUCCGUUGUUUCCACGCCAUUUGUUGACCACCGCUCUCGCAAUGGCCGUUUCUACUAGGAUUUUCUCGAGGAUCGCAGUAUGCAAUUUAAUGGGUAUUCGAUCUUCAUCAAAUUCAGUUGAUCCAAGAAUCUAUGCAGAGACGAGAAAAAAUUUACUUUUGACAAAAGAUACUAAAGUUAUUUGUCAAGGGAUGACUGGGAAACAAGGAACGUUUCAUACGACUCAAGCUCUAGAAUAUGGUACUUGUAUGGUAGGAGGAGUCUCUCCUGGUAAAGGAGGAAAAACCCAUUUAAAUUUACCUAUUUUUAACUCCGUGAAAGAGGCAAGGGAAGGAACUGGAGCAGAUGCUACAGUAAUUUAUGUACCACCACCUGGAGCUGCAAAAGCAAUUAUAGAAGCUAUAGAUGCUGAAGUUCCCUUAAUUGUAUGUAUUACAGAAGGGAUACCUCAACAAGAUAUGGUUCGGGUAAAACAUAAAUUACUUAGACAGAAUAAGUCUAGAUUACUUGGACCUAAUUGUCCUGGAAUCAUUGCUCCGGAACAAUGUAAAAUUGGUAUUAUGCCGGGUCAUAUCCAUUUAAAAGGUUCUGUUGGUGUAGUGUCACGUUCAGGUACACUUACUUAUGAAGCUGUUCAUCAAACAUCUCAAGUUGGCCUUGGACAAACUCUCUGUGUUGGUAUUGGUGGUGAUCCAUUCAAUGGAACUGAUUUUAUUGAUUGUUUAGAAGUUUUCCUAGAAGAUCCAAAUACACAUGGUAUUAUUCUCAUUGGUGAAAUUGGUGGACAACAAGAAGAAAUGGCGGCUGAUUAUUUGAAAAAAAAUAAUAGUGGUCCAAAUGCCAAACCAGUUGUAUCUUUUAUUGCUGGGUUGACAGCACCACCUGGUCGUCGUAUGGGUCACGCUGGAGCAAUUAUUUCUGGUGGAAAAGGUGGAGCUCAAGACAAAAUAAAUGCACUAGAAGAGGCUGGAAUAGUUGUAACCAAGAGUCCAGCUGCUAUGGGAAUUGAACUGUCAAAAUUGAUGAAAGUCAAAUCAUAAGUUAUUGUGUGCCGUUAGUUUAGUUUUAUUUUAAACUAUGGCAAAUUAGACUAAAUACACUUUACCGUUGUCA